CUGAUACGUCACAAAAUUUGUAUAUUGCAGGCCCCGCGUGAAGCUGAGCGACUUGGUGUCUGAAGAAUACGACGUGAUGCAGCCGCCCAUCGAAGGAGGGCAACCCAUCGUGGUGAACGUGUCUGUGUCGGUGCUCAACAUCCGUUCGGUGGACGAAGGACGCCAGUUCGUCGAGGUGGACCUUUUUCUACACGAGUACUGGUACGACUUUCGACUCAACGGCCGCGCCAAAAACAAGGUCAUCGUGGACCCUCGCUGGUACCCAGAACUGUGGACGCCCGAGGUGUACUUCAAGAACUCGGCCGACGGCCGCCUGGACAAAGUGAUCUUCCCGUACGCCUACGUCACGCUCGAGCCGUCCGGCCACUUUUUCCUGGCUGCCCGCGUCUCCCUCAAGCUGGCCUGCAACAUGGACCUGAGCAGGUUCCCACAUGACAACCAGUUCUGUGACAUGCAACUCAGCAGCCUGGUCCACCCUAGGGAGCAGGUGAUACUUCACUGGAAGGCCUUCCGCAUCACCAAGAACCUGUCUCUGUCGCAGUUCAAGGCUAUCUACGUCGGGCACGGCGAUUGCACAAAGUCGUUCGACGUCGGCACCUUCAGCUGCCUCUACGGCCGCGUCGAGCUGCGUCGUCGCGCCGGCUACUACCUCAUCAACAAGUACGCGCCCAGCACGGUCAUCGUGUUCAUGUCGUUCGCCGCUUUCUGGAUGCCCUGCGAGGCGCUUCCGGCUCGCGUCACACUCAGCGUCACCUCACUGCUCAGCUUGGUGACCGCUCAGUACAAUGCGCACAUGCCGAGCGUCUCGUACGUGGUGGCCAUGAACGUGUGGAUGAUCAUAAGCAUUCUGUUCGUGUUCCUGGGCCUGGUCGAGACGGCGCUCAUCGUCGCCUGCACGGCGAAGCACAAGAAGGGUGCCGAGCGCUGGCCGAAGCCCGUGCUCGUCGACUGGAUCGCCAGGGCUCUGUUCCCCGCUGCGUUCCUCGUGCACUCACUCAUCUACUGGGGCGUCUAUGGCCGGGACUGAUUGCCUACGCUAAGCGGCAAACAGAUCGCUAAAGUGAACCACGAGGAACGGUGGAGUUGCGAUGGAGAAUGCAGGAAGGUAGAGUGCUGGACUUGUAACAAGUAUCCAUUGCGUCGUCACAACUCUGAAGCUUUCCUCGUGGAGGUGCUUUUGUAAGUGAGUGCUAAUGGCCUGGUGUCAACUUAGUCGCCUGUACUAGGUGCGCGAGAGACCAUUAACGUUGAGUCUCGAGGAACGCCGGAGAUAUGCGGAAAGCGCAGGAGAGUGGAGCGGUUUUUGGCUGGCCAGGACUCGCAAGGUCACGGGUAUUUAUUUUUGCAGCGUUUAUCGUGCAGGCAUUCACAUAGUGCAUUGCCAGCUAUAUGGUAUUGGGAGCUUAUUCGUUUGACUGAGACCUGAACUGAGGGCAAACAUUUAUUUGAGGAAUAGCUGACAUGCUCCGACAGGGGCUAUGAAAGCUAUAGCGCUCGAAGCAUGGCGAGAUUUAUAUUAUUGCUAGCACGCAUUGUGUAGCGUGCACAGCACCAAGUGGUGUUAACAUAAUGUGGUGCCUUUUAAAGGUACCUCUAUUUAUGCCUGAAGAAACAAUGCAGAUUUCGGUAAAGUGCAGGGCAGUGCGGGGCGCAUUAUGUUUACGCACCUACUUUAUGACUUGACGAAAACAUGAAGGGUAUGAACAGAAAUAGUUGUAUGAUAGCUUGGAUAGUACGCUGUGACAAGUGUCCGAUCUCUGCUGCGUUAAAGAAUCAUUCCCCCUUUGCUGGAGGUCUGUCAUUGUUCACGUACUAGCUUGUGAGGAUGAGAUAGGACAAUUGAAUCCAAUUGAUGAAAUCUUUCAAUGGCCUAAUUGCACCUUAGCUAGACGACACCGGCAAUACAGCUAUGCCGUGUGGUGGUGUUGUGCACUUGCCCUGUUUCCGGAUUAUGAAAACGUCUUAAUAGAAACAUUAAUCUUUUGCCGCUCCUACGUAUUUGACUGGCUCGACUGUGCACCCGCACUGAUUUGGCGGUUAGUCGCCCCAGUGUUUCUAGGUGACGUCUGGGCACUUAAAUAACCCAGUCAUAGAAACAAAAGAGGCCAAGAUUCGCUAUGCUGAUGACUGGUACCUUUUAUUCAAUAGAUCGCAACUAGUGAUCAAAUACGAGGAAUGUUAUAUCUGAAAUGCCCACGUUACACAGACAGGCCUAUCGUCUAAGCGCCCUUUGGUCGAGGAGUGCAUGUUGGUCUCUUUGAAACGAACUGAACGCAUGGUUGUGACGUACUUCCAGUAGCGUUGAAGUUUAGCAGAGUACUGCUAAGUACUGCUAAGUUGAAGUAUGUCCAUACACUCAUGUCUGUGCUCUGUGCCCUCUUGAGCAAACACAGAGACUUAGCAGUGAACUGCGACAAUAUUCUUUGUAUAUAUUUUUUCCUUGUAUUUCAGUAGUUGUUUGAAAAAUGACUGCUUGCAUUAUGAAACAAUAGUAGAACAAGGCUCGGGGGGAGAGGGUUGGGGGCCUCUUAUAGUUUAUUUCUUUGAAAGCAACGUUACAUUGUGAUACUGCGAAAUACUCUAUGUAGCCUUGUCUACAAAGCCAGUAUAGCAUUGUCGUUCUCUGCGUUUCAGAGGUGUUCAGCUGGUAUUUUUAUAACAAUCGAAACCGAACAAUGUGUAAAUUCUUGCUAGGAAGAAAUCAGCAGAAAUUGUCAUAGCAUGAAGGCCCUUGUUAAAGAGCACUUAUACUAUGAGUAGGCGUACUGCCGUGGACAUGAGCCCUGGCUGUUGUCCAGUCACUGAAUGCUUCACGAGGACGAAGAGCUAGCAGGCAGACAGCUCGUCGUCUGCUAGUCUUGCAUCAUUAAAUUUCUUUAUAUUUUCCAAUGUCCUAAAUUCUAGAGGAACAAGAUCAGCGUGGCUUGGCUCCAGUAUAGGAGUGCGGUAACCUAUUGGUCCACCGAUCAUGUUGGGCACUCGAAGAACGCUUUUGUUAUUGUUGUUACCUACUUCGCGCGUUUGGCCUAUCACGCUCCUUGUGCUGCACAUUGUGCACUUUCACAACUCUGUACAUACUUCUGUCGGCUAUGACUUUUACAUUACCGGUUCUACAGUGUGAACAGCAGCUGUUAUAUUUAGCGCGGAUUGCGUCUUUUGCCGUUAUAACGCAAGUAACCGCGCUGCUGUGUCUAUGCAGCACAUUACGCGCUGCCAUGACUCGGCAAUAUUUGCUCAUGCAUUGUCUCCGCGUGACGUUUGCAUGUCUUUUUGAUCGCUUCUACAAAUCAAUUUUACGCUUUAAUAAUAGCAUACUUAAGGACCUCGGCGUUAAAAGGUAGAUUGCGAUGCCACACGACUACGGCUACGCUCAAUAUGAUCUGAACAUGCCGAUCAUGCCUGGCAUGAUUGCGGCGUGGUUACAACAUAAGUAAACGCGAAUGAAAGCACAACAAGCAAGAAAACAAGCAAACAGAGAAAUUGAGUGCACUUACCUUGAAAUAUUUGAAAUCGUAAUACCCGAUUGUGGUGUAAGACAGGCGCUAAAUGACCUCUAGGCCAGGAACUAAGCGUUUUAGUACAAUGCACACCAGUGCCAUAAACAGUGGUGAAUAUGAAAAGAAAGAAAAAUGCCUCUCAUGGUUUGUUUUCUUUCGUUCGCGUUUCAUUCUGUCGUGAUAGCGCACCGUUUAACGAUGUAAGGGGCUGACACUACAAAAGAAAAGUUAGUCUACUUUUGUCGUCCACAGAAAAAGCAAAGCUAAUGCCAUUCGUGACAUUCUUUAUUAAAGUAUAUACUCGUACGCGAGCGCUUUCUCAUUGCAUUUAGAUUCUUGGAACAUUUAAGGAUUUUACUUUUUGUUCCUCAACAAACCCCUGCGGGUUUCCUUUCGCGGCUUGAAAACCAUUAUGCACUGCCUCUGCCCCACAAAUGUUUUUUUUUGUCCAUUGGCGCUGUAAAUGUUUGCGCCCAGGUCUCACUGCACUCUUCUUUAUUUGUCUACUUGCACCGGUUUUGUUUGCCUUUGCGUCGCUAAUUCCGUCCACCUGUAGUUGUAGCUUUGUCAUAUAUUGGUUGUGACCGUCGUAUUGUUAUUGCGGGUUCUCAUUAUGUUUGAUCACUCUUUCAGUGUAGAACAUUCUUUUUCUUGUAAGGGUACUUUUUUGUAGGUGAUUAGCCCAAAGUGCACCACGUGUGUACGUCUGUGUGUCGGUAUGUAUGCGUGUGUACUGUGUGUGUACGUGUGUGCAGUGACGGAUUGUGCGGCUUGAGAUACCUUGCGAGCGAGUCUUGACAAAUCGGUCUUUCAACUUGUCGGCAAGCUCCGCGUGUGGUAUAUUUAGCCGACCCAACCCACUGGCUGCCAAGUUUCAAGCUAGGUGUCGUCGACUGAUGAGCCCCGGCGGCUCACGGUGGCGGGCGCGUUGUCUUUUGUGAGGGGUAACUGUGAACUGUGAGUGUCUUUGCUUUUCUUUAAGUGGUUUCUGUGCCAAAAUGUUCUGGAAAUAAAGUGCCCUUCUACCUGCCGAGGA